CCGCGCCCAUAAUGCGAGCAGCGCGGCAUCGUACGUACAGUUGGCUAAGUAACGCAUCGUCGAACAUAAUAACACAACACUGAUGACAUAAAUUCAAGUCCACGGAGGUUAGAACUGAGAUUUGGAUGUGUUUCCACUUCAGUAUGCUCAACUGAGGAAGACAGACAAAAUUCAUAAUUCUAUUCUACUGUAUUAACACUUUAAUUUAGUCAGCCGCCGCAUUCUCGUUUACGCAUCUGACACUGCAUUCUGCAAAAACGCUACUCCGGUACCGGUAGAUCUACACAGUGCAAAAAACACGGUGCCGCUUCCUGGCCUGGCCAGGCAAGGCUUCACUGCACUCCAUACCACAGUCAAGACUCUACUCCAGCCAGGCUUGUAAUUGGCAUAAAUUUGAAGAAUGGAGAGGGGACUGUCACAGCUACAUGUACUAGCAGUUAUCCUUUACCUUGGGUGUCUUGCUAGCAGAAGUCUGCAGGAUGUCUUAACCUGUACCGCUAGUAUGGAAAGUGAUUUAUUAUCAGAAGGAGAUUUUCAGGAUGUCAGAAUCGUUGAUGGCUAUAGAUCUCUUACUCAAGAUCUUAUUUUCGUAGGAAGCAAUCAGAAAUUGACUGUAAUAGAUCGUGUCACAAAUGAGACUGAGGAAAUUGGGGUAUGUUACAGUACAGCAGCACACAGUUGCUUCAAAGCCGGCACUAAUGAGGAAGAAUGUGACAACUAUAUUCGAAGUGUGACUGUUCUUAAAGGAGACUGUUCAUCUUAUAACUGCACAGUCCUAGUAUGUGGAACCAAUGCCAUGAUUCCUCGCUGCGGAAAAUGUAACUUAACUGGAUCAGUGGUAAGAUUAGUAAAUUUAUUGCUCUUUUAUUUAUAGGAUUAUAAUGAGAUUAUUUGUAAGAAACCUAUCUUGCUGCUAAAAGCUUAAUAAAAUAUGUCAGGUGGAAAAUGCACAAACCAAAUAAGAACAUAUUCAAUUCAAAACCACUUCAAAAGCAGUUGAAGCAAACACCAAAAUGUGUCAAACAAGCAGUACAAUUGAAGUCAAGUGUACACGAUAAAAUACUUUGUCUGUAUACAAAGAUAUUGAUUUUGUCUUUGCGCAUUUAUCAUUUUGUCUCCAAAUCUAAUUCUUUAGGCCACUUAAUUUACUAUCAAUAACUGGGAUAUACUCAUUUGAUUUGCUAGUUCAUUACAAUUAACUUGCACGCCGAAUAAAAGUACACAAUUUUUCCUGCGCGCGCGCAGCAUCUCCCUACGCACGCACUAUCCCAAGAUCAUCACGCAAAUAGGCGUCCAUUUCCUCUUUUCGCCUGCCGCCUUGAUCAGACAUAGCUAAGUACACUCCCACUUUGCUCCAUUUAAAGUGUCCGUUGUUGACAUAUUUAUCUAUAUUUUUACUACCUAUUUCAAUCCUUUGCCCUUCGGCUUCUGAUUGAUUUCAUUUUUGUCUCACCUGCGAAGCAGAGUGAGACUAUAGGCGCCGCUUUUCCGACA